AAGCAUUAACACAGUUCGUGAUUGCUGCCAAGGCCAGGAUUGUGAAGCAUUUUAUAGUAUGAGGGGACAUUUGAUUCCCUUCUCUUAGCCCUGAUAAGCUUUUAGCUAACCAUUGUUUGCUUUUUGCCGAUAGAUAGAAUUCAAUUCUUUCUUUUUCUUAUUUUUACUUUUUUGGGUGAUAGGUGAUAGAAUUCAACUCUAGAUGUAUAGUUACUUCUCUGUUCCAAGCAUUUUAUCUGAAGGUUUCUUGAAAUACAGUUACAAUUAAAUUGUCAUAUCCCAACUCUUUCUACAGUUCAUGUUCUCUGAGUCUGGUAAUGUUACAAAGUCCAUUACUAAUAUGAUUGUCGCCUAGUAUAAUGAUUGAAAUGUUAGUUCCAUUUUGAGUUUACAAUUUUAUUCUCAAAAAUUUGUUCAUGAGUCCUUAUGGAUUACAUUUUGGAUAAAAAGUUAAUUAUUGUUAGCAACUUUUUUUUCUUUUAGAAAUCAUUGCAACGAUGUUUCAUUGAAUGAUUUCUUGAGCUUUCUAUGUGCAUGAAAGUUUUUAUUGAAUUUACUGCAUCAUUUCCAGGCAGAUCUCAACAUAUUUUCCUGGAGGUUGUUUACCAAAACUAAUAAUGAACGUGUAUUAGGUUAAAGUGGGAUAUGCAUUUCAAAUACCUAUACCCCGAUAACUGUUUUUGGAAGACUUGGUUUUAUUUAUUGAUGCUGUGUGGCUGCAGUUUUCAGGUUUGCAAAAAUUGAUUUUGCGUUUCUCACCUCAAUUAAUUGUUUUUGCACAGUUCUGCACCAGAGUUAGUUGGUUUACUGUCAGAACUUGAUGAUGUUCUUGGGCAGCUUGAAAACAAGGUGAAUCCACUCUUGAGCCAGAGAUGUAAAGAAUGCAAUCAAAGGAGGGAUGCAUUAUAUGGAGAUCAAGCAGCAACUUUUACUCUCCUAUUGCCAGGCAAUUGCGUUCUAUCUUCUUCUCAAGUCAGAAGGGCAGCCUGUUCGUGAUCAUCCUGUAAUUUCUAGGCUUGUGGAGAUCAAGAAUUUAUUGGACAAGAUGAAGGAACUUGGUGACAAUCUUCCUCCUGAGCUUCAGGAUAUUCUGGACAAGAAUGAACCUGCUCUGAGAGUGGAGAAGCUGGUUCAAGAGAAUGUUGCGGCAAACUUUGUAUCUUGUUCGGAGGUUCACAAGCCCACUGCGGUCCCUGUUGAGAUAGUAGAGAAACCAGGGGCUCAUGAAGGAGCUCCUUUAGUAGAAGAGGAUUCUUUCAAGGAGUACAAGGUGAUGAAAUCAAAAUCCAGGCAGCAGGAUGAUCAAGUUGGUAAGCAGAGCAUGGAGAUGUUAAAAGUAAGAGCUGCCCUUGAGGAGAAAUUGAAGCAGAAAGGCAUCUUUAGUUCUAUAGCAAACAAGCAUGAUAGAGAUAAAAAGUGCCCCCGACCUGUUAAUGGACAACUUGAGACAUUAGAGGACUUUGAUGAUGAUGCUAUUGUGUUAGAAAAGGUCCAUCAUCGAACAGAUCUCAGGAAUGGAAGUCUUUUGCAUCCACUUAAACCCUGCAAGCUUGUGGCUUCUCAGGCAAAUAAGCUGAAGGUUGUUUCUGGUGAUGAUGAUUUAUGAUGAUUUACCAAAAAGAGAUGACAUAGGAGAGAGGCGACAAAAGCAUGAACUUAGAGUUUUGGCUGGGACUGGAAUAGGAACUGUUGAUGAUGUGGAUGAUGAAUCUGGAACUCUUGUGAAUGAGGGAGUUCCAGAAGUUGAUUUGGAUGGUGAGACCGAAUUAGAUUUGGAAUUUUACAAGCAGGCAGAACUAAAACAUGCUGCAAAG